CUCCAUUGUGAGCUUGACUUUAGACCAGUGAGGACUUGCUACAGGCCGUCUGCCUAGUGGUAACAUUGAGGACUCGAGUCUUGCCUCCAUUCCUAGCUGGAAAUUAGUGGGUUAGUGAAAAACUGUGUUGGAGUUUAGAGUAGAGUUUGAUGGUGAUGGAGUAGAGGAGGAGAGGGUCCUGGAGGAGAGGAGGAGGCAGAGCAACCUCGCCACCAUGAAUUUCUAGUCAUGGGAGAGUCUUCCCUGACUGAUCAGAUCACGCUGGACCACGGAUAACAUGCCCAAGUGGUGGAGCUGCUGGAGGAGUGAGGGAGAAGCAGUGGCCACCGCAGAAGAGCACCAACAGCAGGAGCAGCAGUGUGAGCCUGACGCAGGGGUUGAGAGUGUAGCGGGCAGUGUGAGCAGGGAGGCGGUCAUGUCCCGACCACAGCAGUAGACAAUGAGCGAGGAAUCAGAGUCACUGAAUGAGGAGGAACGCAGCGUAUUUCGUCCGUUCACCAGAGAGAGUCUCGCUGCCAUAGAAGCUCGCAUCGCCGAGGAAAAUGCUAAGAAGAAUGAACUACAAAAGAAGAAGGAGGAGGGGGAGGGAGGUGGAAUGAAAUUUGGAAGGAAAAAGAAAGAAGCUGUCUACAAUGAAGACGAUGACGAUGAAGGCCCGCAGGCCGACCCCAACCUGGAGCAGGGCAUGCCGCUCCCCAACCGCCUGCAGCAGAUGUUCCCCGACGAGCUAGUGGGCACUCCGCUGGAAGACAUCGAUCCCUACUACAUGAACCAGAAGACGAUGGUGGUGGUGAGCAAAGGAAAAGACAUCUUCCGGUUCAGCGCGACUGACGCCAUGUGGCUGCUGAGCCCCUUCAACUCAGUGCGACGGACAGCCAUAUUCAUCCUCAUCCAUCCCCUCUUUAACUUCUUCAUUAUCUGUACCAUCCUGGCUAACUGUGUUCUCAUGAUCGUCCCCACUAGUGAGAUGAUUGAGUCCUCGGAAGUGGUGUUCACCGCCAUCUACACAUUUGAGUCCGGUGUAAAGGUGAUGGCGCGAGGCUUCAUACUGGAGAGCUUCACCUAUCUUCGUGACGCCUGGAACUGGCUUGACUUCACAGUUAUAUCCUUAGCGUACGUAACGAUGGGUAUAGAUCUGGGCAACUUGGCCGCCCUGAGAACAUUCCGUGUGUUAAGAGCGCUGAAGACCGUGGCUAUUGUGCCAGGUCUGAAGACGAUCGUUGGAGCUGUGAUAGAGUCGGUCAAGAACCUCCGAGAUGUGAUCAUUCUGACUGUGUUUUCCCUGUCCGUUUUUGCCUUACUUGGACUUCAGAUAUAUAUGGGAGUAUUGACCCAAAAGUGUGUCAGAAAGUUUGAUUUUACUAAAGAGAAUUGGACACACGAAGAUUACUUCAAUUUUAACAGCAAUGGAUCCAAUUGGUACGGUGACGAAGCUCUAGGCUCUUUUCCCUUAUGCGGCAACAAUAGUGGUGCUGGGCCCUGCCCAGCGGGAUACAUCUGCUUGCAAGGCUUUGGGCCCAACCCAGACAGCGGAUACACCAACUUCGACAGCUUCGGGUGGGCCUUUCUCUCAGCCUUCAGGCUCAUGACCCAAGAUUACUGGGAGAAUCUUUAUCAACUGGUGCUACGCUCAGCCGGUCCCUGGCACAUCAUAUUCUUCGUGGUGAUCAUCUUCUUGGGCUCCUACUACCUGGUGAACCUUAUCCUGGCUAUCGUAGCCAUGUCCUACGAUCAACUGCAGAAGAAGGCGGAGGAGGAGGAAGAAGCGGCCUUAUUAGAGGAGGAAGCACUGAGGGAGCAAGAGCAAGCGGCGCAAGAGGCGACUAACCAAGCGUUAGCCAUGGCGAAACACGACACCGAUGUUGGGUCGAUGGGCAAGUCUCCUUCAGACUUCUCGUGUCGCUCCUACGAAGUCUUCGUCGAUCAGGACAAAAUCAUCGACGACAACAACAAGGAGAAGAUGUCGAUCAAGAGUGAGGGGGGAGAGUCGAUGCAGGACUUCAAGGCGAGACCCAACGGCAAGCUGGCCACCAGGAAGGCGAGCAUUAGUCUGCCAGGCUCCCCGUUUAACUUACGGAGAGGUUCCCGAGGUAGCCAUCAGUUCACCUGGCGGACCACUAAUGGCCGGCGCUUUGGCGACAAGAAGCCGCUGGUGCUGUCCACCUACCUGGACGCUCAGGAGCACCUGCCCUACGCUGACGACUCCGCCGCGGUCACACCCAUGAGUGAGGAGAAUGGUGCCAUCAUCGUCCCCGUGUAUACAAACCUGGGCUCCCGACACAACUCCUACACUUCCCACACCUCACGCAUUUCCUACACCUCUCACGGCGACCUGCUCAACGGCAAGCCACCCUCCACCAAAGAAUCUCAGCUGCGAUCGAGGUCCCGCAACAUGGCCUCCUCUCUCGUCCCAGAGCUGGACAAUAAACACAUGCUGCAGAUGCUUCCGCUCAAACUGGAAGGUGAAGCUCUCACAAAGAAAGAGGACGAGGUCAUUGAUAACAUCAUUCGUGAAAUAUUUGGGCCAGAUAUCAACCUUGAAUAUAUCGACAAAGAUGCAUCCGUUCAUGGCACACCGCUAGCAAGAUCCAAAGAAAACGUUGUAGACUCGUCGAUUGAACCUGAUGAGAUGUUGGCUCUCAAGCUCAAGAACCAGGAUUCCAACCCUUUCAUAGACCCGAUCCAAAAACACACCGUUGUCGACAUGAGAGACGUAAUGGUUCUGAACGACAUCAUAGAGCAGGCAGCAGCACACGCGGGGAGACAGAGCCGAGCCAGCGACCAUGGUGUUUCCAUCUAUUAUUUCCCCGCAGAAGAGGAGGAAGAAUCCUUUAAGGAAAAACUCAAGAAAAAACUAUUAGAAUAUUUGAUGAAAUGCAUCGACCUCUUCUGUGUUUGGGACUGUUGUAUGGUGUGGAUCAAGUUUGCAGAGUUAGUUGAGUUACUAGUAUUUGAUCCUUUUGUGGAGCUGUUCAUCACUCUAUGUAUCGUCGUGAAUACUCUCUUCAUGGCCAUGGAUCACUACGGCAUGAACGAAGGCUUCGCCAACUUUCUGCAGAUGGGAAACUACUUCUUCACGGCCACCUUCAGUAUAGAAUGUUUCCUCAAGAUCAUCGCCAUGAGCCCCAAGUACUACCUUCAGGAAGGUUGGAACAUCUUCGACUUCAUCAUCGUGUUCCUGUCCCUGCUGGAGUUGGGUUUGGCCAACGUUUCCGGUCUCUCCGUCCUGAGGUCUUUCCGUCUGUUGCGAGUGUUCAAGCUAGCCAAGUCAUGGCCGACUCUCAACCUGCUCAUCUCCAUCAUGGGCAAGACGGUGGGCGCCCUGGGUAACCUGACCUUCGUCUUGUGUAUUAUCAUCUUCAUCUUCGCCGUCAUGGGCAUGCAGCUCUUCGGCAAGAACUACAUAGACAACGUCAGUCGUUUUCCGGAGAGCGAUGAUGGUCAGCUUCCCCGAUGGAACUUCACAGAUUUCAUGCACUCCUUCAUGAUCGUGUUCCGGGUGCUGUGCGGAGAGUGGAUCGAGAGUAUGUGGGACUGCAUGCGAGUGGGAGACUGGUCAUGCAUUCCAUUCUUCAUGGCCACUGUCAUCAUUGGCAAUUUAGUGGUGUUGAACCUGUUCUUGGCUCUGCUACUGAGCAGUUUCGGUGCUUCGAACCUGUCGGCUCCGCAGAGCGACGGUGAGACCAACAAGCUAGCCGAAGCCUUCGACCGCAUCGCCCGCUUCAAGGCCUGGGUGAAGAGGUCGGUCCUCAACGGCCUGAAGCACAUCCGCGCCAAGCUCACCAACCAGAUCAGCGACCAGACACCAGUUUUGACGCGGCGUCUUACAGACUGUCGAGACGUGGAUGCUGACGACAUCAUGAUGGAUGGUCAGACAGGCAACAAGAAGAUGCCCAAAGAUCACACGCAAGUCGACAUCCCCAUAGACGGGUUCGACCUCGUAGAUGGCAAGAUGAAGAGCAACUCGGUGCUCAACAACAGCAAACACAUCGGGAACUCCAUCAGCAAAGACAACCGCGGCGAGAUCAUCGAGAACGACUACAGCAACAAGAAGGUUCGCCUGGAGGAAGACGCCCUCAGCAACAACUCUCUGGGUUCCCACAAGAACCGCAAACUGAAGAGCGACAGCGGCAGCCACAAGGGUUCCUCAGAGUCCCUCGACGACGGCGAGGAGAAGAAAGAUGCGAGUAAGGAGGACCUGGAGGAUGGUAUGCUACUUGAUGAUUUCCAGGGUUCCAGCGGAGACGAGGAGGUCAUCGAAGAUGAGGAUCAAGAGCCUGGUGGCCCCGUGAUGGACACAGGCAGCGAUGUCAUUCUAGAUUACCCUUCAGACUGCUUCAAGGAAGCGUGUUACGUCAAGUGCCCGUGGUGUGCGGGUGACCCCGAGUCUCCGUUCUGGCAAGGGUGGGGACACCUCCGCUUGAAAACCUACCAACUGAUCGAGAACAAGUACUUCGAGACGGCGGUCAUCACCAUGAUCUUGCUGUCAUCAAUGGCCUUGGCCCUGGAGGACGUCUACCUCAAGGGACGCCCCAUCCUCCAGGACGUGCUCUACUACAUGGAUAGGAUCUUCACCGUUAUCUUCUUUAUUGAGAUGUUGAUCAAGUGGGUGGCUCUGGGCUUCGCCAAGUACUUUACUAACGCCUGGUGCUGGCUCGACUUUCUCAUUGUCAUGGUGUCACUGAUAAACUUGGCUGCUAUUUGGGCCGGAGCUGACGACAUUCCAGCGUUCAGAUCGAUGAGAACGUUGCGCGCGCUGCGGCCCCUGCGCGCAGUGUCGCGCUGGGAGGGCAUGAGAGUAAGUAGUGAGUGUGUGUAUGUGUGGGGGGCGGUGAACUGGACCCCCUGGUAGUGGUGCUGAACGUGGGUAGACCCACCCCUCCUGCCCAUGCUCGUCGACAUCACCCACCUCACCGUCACAGUGGGUCUUGGUGAUGACCGGCCGCAUGGGCAAAGCCGCCUUGGUGUCCACCAUCAGUGUUCGUUGAGUGUGUUCGCCGCCGCCGCCACAACCCUUCUGUCUGUU